AUGUACUCUCGUGUAAUUCUUAUUUCAAUUCUGGCUGCCAUGGCUAGUAGCAGCGUUAGCGCCUCCUUUAUUCCUAUCGGAUCUUCAGGUCUUGCAGCCAUCAAGGAAACCCGAGACAUCCCGGUCGAUGUUACUCAUACCCUUAAUGAUAAGAGAGCCAAUGAUGACAAAGGCAAGGACAAGGGUAAAGACGCAACCAAGCAAAAAGAUGCCUCUGCCGCUGAGGCUGAUGGUGGUGAUGGCGGAGUUUUCGGCAAAUGCGAGCCCAAGAUGAUUUUCCAAGGUGGCUUGGGUAAUCGACCUGAGACCGAAUUCACAUUUCAAUCCAGCGACCCGACAUGUAGCGAUGGUCAAGGAGAGGCCUUAAACCCUAAUAUUAUUACUAAACAUAUCAAAGAUGUGGUGGACAACAAGUGCGGCGCCUCCGAAAAGGGUAAAGCCUUGGUCGCAGCUGCGGUAACUAAGGUCGAGGGCCUGAAAGUCAGAGAUCAGAGCGUAGCCGAUACAUGGAAUAAAGCCCUUGGACUUGCGUAA